UGCAUGCGAGAAAACCAAGUGACAUCUGAACUGCUAAACCCUGACCGGAAAAAACCCUCUAGAGAGUCAUGAGACGAACUCUGUUGAGAUUUGCUCCCCUCUAUACUCGCAAUCUGCUCUCCCCUCCGAAUUGCAGACCAAACCCUAUUUCUCCUGCCAUCAAUGUCACUUCAACUCUUUCCAAGCUGAGGUUCUUCUCAUCCGAAAAUGAUUCAUCCAACGAAAGCCCUACUGUUCCCGAGACCAGUUUAACUCAACCAAAGAAGAAAGAAGUUCGGUUCGAUUUCGAAGACAUUAGCAACAAAGAGUUCAAAGAUCGGAUUGAGAAGUACUUGAAAGGCGACGAAGAGAUGCUCCCUUCGAUCAUGGAAGACAUCCUGAAGAGAAAGCUACUGGGGAAUCACGCGGAGACCGACGAUGAAUUGAUUGACGAGUUACGGCACCAGCCCAUUGAUGAUGUUAAGGACAGGGAUUUUGAAUCGGACUUUGAGGAGCUCUACUCCACCGAUGAGGAGAUCGACAAUUUGUACAAUGCGCGGCAAUACGUGGAGAAGAAAAUGAUGAAGGAUGAGUUCUUCAACAUGGACGACCGCAAGUGGGAUGGGAUGAUUAAGGAGGCUGUGGAGCAUGGCCAUCUCAAGGACACCAAGGAAUGCGAGCAGAUUCUUGAGGACAUGCUCUGCUGGGAUAAUCUACUCACGGAUGAGGUAAAGCAGAAGGUGGAGGCAAAGUUUAAUGAGCUUGGUGAUAUGUGUGAAAGAGGAGAACUUGAACCUGAAGAAGCUUUUGAGCAGUUCAAGGAAUUUGAGGAUAAGAUGGUUCUGGAAUGUGCAAAAAUGAUGGAGAAUGAGCAGCCGCCACAGUUUGAUGAGAUCACUGAGCCAGACAAGAAAAAGGACAUUGAUGACCCACCUGGUGAGGGUCCAAUCCUGAGGUGGCAAACAAGAGUUGUUUUUUCUCCAGGUGGUGAUGCAUGGCACCCCAAAAACAGGAAGGUGAAACUCUCCGUCACUGUUAAAGAGCUUGAGCUUUCAAAGCAUGCUUUUCGCCGGUUAAGAGAAGUAGUUGGAAAACGUUACCACCCUGGUAAAGAUGAGCUUACAAUAACCAGUGAGAGGUUUGAGCACCGGGAGGAGAAUAAGAAGGAUUGCCUAAGGACACUUUAUGCCUUGAUUGAGGAUGCAUAUAAGGCAGAUAAGCUGGUGGAGGACACGAGAGCUUCAUAUGUCAAAGAGAGACUCAGAGCCAACCCUGAAUUUAUGAAGAGGUUACGUGUGAAGACCAUGGGAAUGCAGGCCUCUGAUUCUGCUUGUGUGUGAGAUUUUGCUCAGCCGCCUUUUGUGGAUAUGGGUAUUUUGUUUCAUGGUGACACAUUCAGAAUAUGCUUGUGUUUUAUAUUGGCUUUCUUCACCUUUCAAAAGAAAU